AUGAGCGCCAACCAGUACUACGCCGGCCCUCCUCCUCCUCCUCCUCAGGCCUACCCCCCUCAAGGCUAUCCUCAGGGCGGUUAUCCUCCCCCGCAGGGCUACCCCCAGUACCCCCCUCCGCAGCAGAUGCAGUACCAGCAGGCUCCUCCGCCGCAGAAGAAGGACCGUGGAUGCUUGACAGCUUGUAUCGCCACCCUGUGCUGCUGCUUCCUGUGUGAGGAAUCCUGCGAGUGUUGCUUCGAGUGCAUCGAGUGCUGUGAAAUGUGCUAG